AUGGCAUUGAUGAUGGAGGAACUUAUACGAGCAGCGCAGCUAGGAGGCAAGCGCAUGAUGGAGGAGGUCUCAUGGCGUGACCUUCUGAACAUGUCGUACGAAGCUGGUGGCGUGUACCCAACUAUCGUUGGCUAUAUUCUCGGCGGCAUCACCAUCUUCUUCUUCACACGUUGCUCGUCAUGGAUAUCGCGGCUUGUCCCCGCUGCACUGUGCUCCAUGCUGUUCUUGCACACUCUCCACAACUUGGAGCGGAAAUCCCUCGAGUGGUUGCUCAUGGUGGCAGCUGGUACCGGAGUGUGCUGCACUUACAUGCAGUUGAGCUCGCUGGACCUCGUUCGUGAACAUUUUGCCUUCAAGAAGGUGGUGACCAAGCCCAACACAUGCAAGAAAAAUGAUUGAAGCCGGAAGAAGCGCGCAAACAAUUCAACACAACACCAACAUUUCGUGUUGGUAUUAUAUGUAAAUUUAAUCAAGGACAGCCAUUAUUUCUCU